CUUCCUCCGGUUUCCAGGGUCAUGUGAAAGGGGCGUAUGGUGUUAAUCUUGCUUUCUCUGGUCCGGACCCUCCCCGGUUUAGCUCACUCAUCGGCGGUGUGUAUGGGGAGAGCGAUCGCUCUCUGUGGUCGCUCGGGGAGGAUAGUGUCAUUCCUUUCCGCGGUACCUUGUUUGUCCGGCUGCACACCUCAACCCGCGGCGGAGCGGAGGAUGAGCGACCAGGGGAAGAGCUCGGUUUCCACUCCUGCGAGUGCCCCAGCCCCGGGAUCGGAUACUUACAAAGGCUGGCUUUUUAAAUGGACUAACUAUUUGAAAGGGUAUCAACGCCGAUGGUUCGUCCUCAGCAAUGGCCUUCUGUCGUAUUACAGGACUCAGGCAGAGAUGGCCCAUACGUGUCGCGGCACCAUCAACCUGGCCACGGCCCACAUCGACACGGAGGACGCCUGUAACAUCGUCCUGAGCAGCGGUGGGCGGACCUACCACCUGAAGGCCAGCACGGAGGUGGAGCGCCAGAGAUGGGUCACAGCGCUGGAGCUGGCCAAGGCCAAAGCCAUCCGCAUGAUGAAUGACCAGUCUGAGUUCCUCUAUCCCACUGGGACUGGACCUGACAGGGAAAAAGGCAAGAGCAGGAUUUCAGGCACAUUCAGACCUGUGAAUGACUCAGGGGACGAGGAGCCCACGACCCAGUCGGACCGCAGUGAGGGGAUCCAGGGCACUCUGAAGACCCUGAUCAGCAAGCUUGAUGACCUCAGCACGUGUAACGACCUAAUCGCCAAGCAUGGGGCGGCCCUGCAGCGCUCUCUGAGUGAACUUGAGGCGCUGAGAGUCCCCGUGGAGGGAGGAGAGAAGAUCAAGGGCGUCAAUGAACGAGCCACCCUCUUCCGCAUCACCUCGAAUGCUAUGAUCAAUGCGUGCCGCGACUUCCUGGACCUAGCGGAGACCCACAGCAGGAGAUGGCAGCGGGCGCUGCAGUAUGAGAGAGAGCAGCGUAUCCACCUGGAGGAGACCAUAGAGCAGCUAGCCAAGCAACACAACAGUCUGGAGAGAGCCUGGAGAGAGGCCCCCACACUCUCCGUCAACACACCCAGCUCCCCCACCACCAAGAAGGGAGGGAGUGAGAGGCCUCAGAAAGGGGAGGCGAGUGAUGAAGAUGAGGAUACGGAAUACUUUGACGCCAUGGAGGACUCCCCUGCCUUUAUCACAGUAACCGCCACUGAGAACACCCAGCACAGGUGUUCUCAGAGUAACCUGUGUGGAGUGAGUGGAGGCCAUACCAAUGAUUGGAACCAGGACAAUGUGUCUCCUAGCUGUAAGGAUUCCGGGAAGGAGCUGCAGCCCCUCAGAAAGAGGCGGAGCCGCAUCCCAGACAAGCCCAACUACUCCCUCAACCUGUGGAGCAUCAUGAAGAACUGCAUCGGCAAAGAGCUCUCCAAGAUCCCCAUGCCUGUGAACUUCAACGAGCCUCUGUCCAUGCUGCAGCGGCUGACAGAGGACCUGGAGUACCAUGAGCUGCUGGACAAGGCGGCGUGCUGCGAGAACUCCCUGGAGCAGCUGUGUCUGGUGGCAGCCUUCUCUGUGUCCUCCUACUCCACCACCGUGCACCGCACGGCCAAGCCCUUCAACCCCCUGCUGGGGGAGACCUACGAGCUGGACCGGCUGGACGACUUGGGCUACCGCUCGCUGUGUGAGCAGGUGAGCCAUCACCCCCCAGCAGCAGCUCACCAUGUGAUUUCUCAGCGAGGCUGGACCCUCUGGCAGCAAAUCACCAUAUCCAGCAAGUUCCGUGGCAAAUACCUCUCCAUAAUGCCUCUGGGUGCCAUUCACCUGCAGUUCCACUCCAGUGAGAACCACUAUGUGUGGAGGAAGGUAAUCUCCACCGUGCACAACAUCAUCGUGGGCAAGCUGUGGAUUGACCAGUCAGGGGACAUUGAGAUAGUCAACCACAGGACCAAGGAGACGUGCCAGCUCAAGUUCUCCCCCUACAGCUAUUUCUCCAGGGAUGUCCCACGCAAGGUGACAGGGGUGGUGUCAGACAGUGGAGGGCAGGCCCACUACAUCCUGUCUGGCACGUGGGACGAUAAGAUCGAGAGCUCCAAGAUCGUCCAGAGCAGCAAAGGGGGCAGCGGCUCCGAGGGCAAGCAGAAGACUGUCUACCAGACCCUGUCCCCCAAACUACUGUGGAAGAAAUACCCUCUCCCGGAUAACGCUGAGAACAUGUACUUCUUCUCCUCGCUGGCGCUGACGUUGAAUGAGCCGGAGGAUGGGGUGGGGCUGACGGACAGCCGGCUGAGACCGGACCAGAGGCUGAUGGAGGCAGGGAGAUGGGACGAGGCCAACUCUGAGAAACAGAGAUUAGAGGAGAAACAGAGAGCUGUGAGGAGGAGGAGAGAGGCAGAGGCCACAGACGCACUGGACAACGGUCGAGAGUAUGAUGGGUUCCAGCCACAGUGGUUCCACAAGAGGAAGAACGACAUCACUGGGGAGACAACCUUUGUGUACAAGGGUGGAUACUGGGAGGCUAAGGACAGUCAGGACUGGAGUACGUGCUCUGAAAUCUUCUAAGCCUAGACCAGACCCAUCCUAUUCCCAUCACUGGACUCACCCAGGCCCAGGAGACUGCUCCACCACUGGCCCUGGAGGAAGAGGUGUCUGGGUCUGGAUGUGGACCUCUGUGUGCAUGAGAAUGUGAAUGUCUCACACACUCACAACACAGUGUACCUCCCCUUGUACACACAGAGGUCAUAUUUUUUACAGAGUCAUGGGAGAAAAGGGGCCUUUUCUAGAUCCUUCCUGACCUAACACUGAGCUGUGUGGGGGUGUGUGAGAGAGAUGGGAGAUUGAAUACCAUAGAAAAGGGGCCCCAUA